CGACGCCGGGCUUUAUGUAAUUGAUUUUGUUCAUAAACGAACUCCCCCGCUGGUCGCAGUGUUCUCUGCUCCUCCUGCGAUCCUAUUGACCUCAUCCAAAAUGAGCGACAUUCCCUUCCAGCCCAAGAGCCCCGGCGAGUGGCAGAAAUACUCCAACAGCCAAGUGGUCACUUCGAUUCCGCUGAGAAAAGAGCAGAAAUCCGAACAGAACACCCUCAUUGAAAGAGACAUCUAUCUGGACGAAUCCAAGAUCGAGAAACCAGCGGCCCGGCUACUGUAUCUCUACGCUGAUGUCUUUGCAUUUACAAAAUCAGAGAUUACGAUCUCGCCCGCUCCAUAUAGUGAGAUUCAAAUUGUUGCGAGGGUUCUUACAGCCGACAAGCCUGUCCAUCUGAAGCUGGCGCCUCAAGGUGCUGGAUUCCAGCUGUGGAUCUUCGGUUACAUUCUUGACCAACCCAUUUCGGUUUCUGUGGGCAAUCAGGCGCCGCUUCUUCUUGGGCUGGGUCUGGGAAAGGAAUAUGUCGGUGUGAAGCUGAACGUCCAUCCGGACAAAAUCAAUCCCGAGUACCAAAAGGCUUAUAAUCCAGUCGUGGAUGAGGACCUUCAGGCCAGCCUCGACACCCAAUUGCGCGUUGCACUGGCACUAUUCUGGAGAAACACGUCCAUUGCCAUCUCCAUUUGCUCGUACGUCGCAGCACUCACGGUGAACCCAGCGUUGUACUCCCAGAUCAAUGCCCAAGCGGUAUCAUUAGGCCAGCAGCUCUCAGUGCAAGCAAUGACCGGGCCUGAUAUGGGCUAUGCUCCUGUCUUGAAAAUCUCUGAAUAUCUUCCAACCGUACGCGAUGGGCUUGAUGCAGUCACAGCCUUCCAGGACCAGUACGACCGCUUUCAAGAUAAUGAAGCCAAUGUGGAGAUGCAAAUUGCGGCCUGGAAUGCCAUGCUAGAGCAUGCACAGACUCAGCUCAGUAGAGGUGUCAAUCUCUCCAAGGUGGCGUGGGCUAAGUAUCAGGAUGCGUGUGUGGUGGUAGCCCGCUGCCAGGAGGAGGUGAAUGCCGAUAACAGGAAUUUGAGUGCUACCAAAGAGGCUUUUAACAAGGGCCUGGUUGCAUGGUAUGCGAAAACAUAUCUCACUGCAGCAUUCGAGACUCUGAGUGCAAUUAUCAAGUUUACGAAUGCUCCGGGUAUUCUCUCUCUCGGGUUUGAGUCCAGCAUUGGCGCUGCUCUGGCAGAUAUCAAAGGUGCAAUAGACGAAGUUAUCAAAGCGGAGAAGCAACCCGAUCACACCGGCAAAAUAAUCAAAUCGUCAACGCUGGAAACGCUGGGUGACUGUAUGCAAGCACUUGAAAGUCUUUAUCCAAAAACGGCGACCUUAACUGCAGCCAUCAAGGAACUGGAAUCUGAUCCCAAGGCGAAGAUCCCUGCGAUUGGGGAAGUUACAGGAAGCAGUGGCGGUGAUGCCGAUUCUCGAGCUAUCAUCACACUCACCGCAUGGGAUAAAUGGAGUCUUGAAUGUGAUCAGCAGUUGGAGUAUGCAAUCAGUCAAAGUGUUGCAGGAGCAAGCGGCUAUCGACUGGCUCUUCGAAAGCAGGCCGUGAAUGGCAAGACAUUGGCCCAAGCGCAGGCCGAAGCUGUCAAGGCCGGGCAGGAGUACGUGCAAGCUGCUAUGGAGGUCAUGGCCUGCUACCAAGAUAUUUCCAGUCUGAAGGAGCUACUGAAGAAGUACAAGGGGGAGAAGGACAAGUAUGCCCUGGCCAAAGCCAAGUUCUUCAGCCGCGUCCUGGCCAUUCGAACCAGCGUCGUGAUGCAGAUGCAGAAGCUGGUAUGGGCAUACAGAUACUGGGCCUUGGCCGACAGCACCGUGGUGCUCGACUCUCAGAAGCCGAUUGUGGAAUUCCGAAAUGAUCUUUUCACGCUCGAGAGAGAAAUCGAAUCGGCCGAUGAGAAAUACGCAACUGAUUUCCAACCAUUCAACUGGACUGUUCCUUCUAAAGAUCUCCCUGCCAAUUAUGGCCCCCUAAUGGUUCAAGGGCUGAAAGGUGAGAACCACAGUGCCAGCUUUACACUUGCCCCAAGUACCGAUCCAACCGACAAGGAAAGCUUCGCCAGUGUGUUCAAAGACGGUUCGCAUUUCCGCUUGGAUGGUCUGGAGACAUUCUUGCAAGGCGUCGUUCCCCGACCAGAGGCAGUCCAUAAUGGAGUCGUGCAGGUCGAUAUUGACAUUCUGACAACCGGCGUCUAUGCGGAUAUACAGGGUGGCAAGAUCUUUCACUUUGCCAGCCUGGCCAGACAGGUGCGACUCUCGUACGACAUCACGGCAGCAGGGGAAGUCGGAGAGACGCAUGUUCAUGCUAUCUUUCCAACACAGCAACAUGCUGAGCCAACCCCCUUUACCCAAUGGACGAUCAAAUUGCGAAAUCCUGAGCAGCUGGACUUGGCUGGACUGUCGGGGGUAGACUUGCACUGGAAAGGACAUGCUCGCUUUGUCAAAAAGACAUCACAGAAGCAGGAAUAGGCGAGGCUACUAGUGUCCCAUAAGGGCGGCUCACUCUAGCACGCGGAUUAGAUAUAUGAAGCUGCCUAGGACAUUCUAAAUAGCUACCUAAAUGAGAUUCUAUCCUAGUGGAGAUAAGUAAUAGGCUGUCUCAAGGAAUGCAUAUAUUACUAGAAUAACGGU